AUGCGAAACAUUCAACUUCGUCGAUUUUCCACUCUGAUAAUCGUACCACCUCACAGAACCCCAACCAGGAGGCCAUUCGUUCCCAUACCUCACCGAACCCUUCCCGAACCUCGAGGCCAGGAUCUGGACUUUAUCACCGUCGCUCGCCGCCACGUCAUCAACUCCCACUGGGAAAAGCUUCACCCUUUAUGCCCCUUUCUCACACCCUUCCGUCUCAAACACCUCCUCCUCACCCUCCAAAACGACCACGUUUUGUCCCUCAAGCUCUCCCAAUGGCUCCUCCAACACCACCCCUCCACCCACACCCUCGAAACCCUCUCCAUCCUCCUCCACACUCUCGCCAAACACCGCCAAUUCAAAACCAUCCAAACCAUCCUCACAAAAAUCCUCGCUUCUCACCCUCCCCAAAACCUCUCCCACUCCCUCUUACACUCCUACCCUCUCUGCAACUCUUCCCCUCUCGUCUUCGAUGCCCUCUUCAAAACACUCGCCCACACCAAUAAAUUCCGCAGUGCCACCCUCACUUAUACCCUAAUGAAGGAACACGGCUUCUCCCUCACUGUUGAAUCCUGCAACGCGUUUUUAAGUUCUCUGCUUCGCCUUCGCAGGGCGGAUAUUGCUCUGUCGUUUUACCGGGAGAUGCGUCGUUCUUACGUUUCGCCCAAUGUCUACACUCUCAACAUGGUUAUUCGCGCUCAUUGCAUGUUGGGGGAAGUGCAAAAGGGCUUUGAGAUUUUCCAGAAGAUGGGGGACAUGGGUUUGAGUCCUAAUGUUGUGUCUUUCAAUACUUUGAUUUCGGGGUAUUGUAACAAGGGACUGUUUGGCUUGGCGUUAAAGGUUAAAUCUUUGAUGGGGGAUAAUGGAGUGCAGGCUAAUGUGGUUACUUUUAACACUCUAAUUAAUGGGUUUUGUAAGGAGAGGAAGUUGCAUGAGGCAAAUAGGGUUUUCAAUGAGAUGAAGGUGGCUAAUGUGGCUCCGAAUGUUGUGACUUAUAAUACUUUGUUGCAUGGGUAUGGUCAGGUUGGAGAUAGUGAAAUGGGUGGGAAGGUUUAUGAGGAGAUGGCGAGGAAUGGGGUUGAUGCUGAUAUUUUAACUUAUAAUGCAUUGAUUUUGGGGUUGUGUAAGGAUGGGAAGACAAAGAAGGCUGCAGGGUUUGUGAGGGAGCUUGAUAAGAAGAACUUGGUCCCCGAUGCGAGUACUUUUUCUGCUCUUAUUACUGGGCAGUGUCUGAGGAACAAUUCUGAGCGUGCCUUUCUUAUUUAUAGGAGCAUGGUGAGGAGUGGUUGUAAUCCAAAUGAGCAUACUUUUCAGAUGUUGAUAUCUGCUUUUUGCAAGAAUGAGGACUUUGACGGGGCUGUGCAGGUUUUGAGGGACAUGCUGGGCAGAUUGAUGUGUCCAGAUUCCAGUACGUUAUCUGAGCUCUAUCAUGGACUUUGCAGGUGUGGGAAAAAUCAGUUGGCAUUGGCACUGUGUAGUGAGAUGGAAGGGAGGCGUCUAUUGCCAGAGGGGUUUGACAAAGAAAAAAUAUUCAUCACCCAUCCUGAAAAGGAGACAAGUAACUAA